AGCAGGAGCAGCACCAAAAAGAACAACAACAAUCAAAUCGAAGCUAAAAUCCAAAUCGCGUAACUCCAACUGAAAUAACCCCCUUCCUCCCAAUAUUGCAUAUAUAAAAAUCUAUAGAUAUAUAUACAUAUAUAGAUAGAUAUAUCCAUACAAUCCACAUCAACAAUAUGUACAAAACGAUACGUCACGGUGAGAAUAGCCUGCAGUACACAAUAUUGCCGCAAAACGAUGAUUUUCGCAUCGAAGGCAAGCUAACUGGAUCAGCAGCUGCCUGCUCCUCGUCAUCAUCAUCGUCCUCGGCAGCUGCGGCUUGCAAAUCAUCAAAGCGCAGCUCAACGGGUGCGUUGCCACGACGUCGUCGUUCGUUUUUUGCCUAUUUGGGUUUGAUUUUUGUGUGUACCGUUAUUAUUGGAGCAGUGCUAAUACCGUUUCUGGUAUCUGCCGAAUGUUUGCCCAAUCCCACGGAGUGGUUCCUCAAAACAAAGGCAGCCCUAACACAGCACAGUCCACACACGGCCACAGUCCAAGGGGUCAGCGGUAGUCAAAUCCAAACGAACCCAAAUGAAGUGACGCCAUCUUCAUUGUUGUCGGUUGUAUCCGACAACAUGUUGGUUAAGAAUGUGGGAAAAUCUGUGCAAAUAGUCAAUCGAAAUGGUGUUGAACAAUUUGUCCUAAAGUUAAAUAAAAAUUCAACAAUGCAAAACACUGACACCACCGCUAGCCCCAUUACAACAACAGCAAGUACUUCGUCCAGCACUACGACUACCACCACCAGCAGCACCACCACGACUACAACAACAACUCCACUUCCAGCCAUGCAGCAGGAGUCUUCAAUCGUGGGAAUGACACCAGCAACAACAACAGCAGUACCAGGACAACAACAACAACAACAGCGUUUACAACCAAUCUCAACCAUCACUACGCGCAUUAUACAAGUACCCCUAUUAAAAUCGGCAGCCAAGAAGCCCAUUAUGCCACCUGUUUUAGCCAAAACCCAGAGCUUGGCUGUUCAAAAUGAAACGCGAUCACCAUUUGAAUUUGAUCUCUCUCAAAAUAAGAGUAAUGCAGCUUGGAUUAAAACCCACUGGGCCUACAUAGAUCCGUCGACAUAUUUUCAAUGGACGGGCUACAAGGCCGAGGAUAGCGUGCUGUUGCCCGCUUUACUUGGUUUUGCACUCAUUGGCAUGAUUUUAAUUAUAACCGUCUGCCUGGUGGCACGCAAUAAACGCACCAUUGUAUCCUCGGUCCGCAAUCGGAAUCGUAAUGAUAUUGAAGAGCAGGGAGCCGAGGAUAAUGCCACACUGUUAACAACAACCAAUCUGUCCGACGAUGAUUAAUUUAAUUAAUAUUUUAUUAAGCAAAAUUGUGUACAAUGUAUGAAACCAAAAAAAAAAAAACCCAGCAAAUUUUUCUUUUUUGAAAGCUUUUUAAAGUGUGUUUCGUUUUUGUUCUCUUUUUUUUAUGAUUAAACGUAUCGAAAGAAAGAUGCGAGUUUUAAAACCAAAAACCCAUAUUUAUGUAUAUU